CGUGUGCUUUCAUUUUCUGUUCAUUUAACGUUAAUGCAGAUGUUAGAAUUAGAUCAGUACUGUUAUUCAGAAUGGAAGAUGAUCAGGCAGCCCCAGAAACUCACUGUAACAUCACACCUGACACACCAGGAAGUCUUAUAGACAAUGGAUUAGGCAGUUCCUCUAAUGACAAUCGCAACAAGAUUGGAGAUAAAAGUGUCAGCGAGCAUUCAGAGGCUAGCAGCACCAUUGUCGAAAAGGAUGAAGCUGGAAGUAUCAAAGUAAAUGAGGAUGAUGAUGCUGAAAUGAAUGAAGAUGUUCAAGAUGAAGAUGAGAAAGACGAAGAAGAAUCCAAAGACCAGGAUCCAUCAGCAUCAUCUAGGACUGACUUAUUCACAUCUGAAAUAUUCAAAAUAGAAAUUCUUAACUUACCCAGGUUUGGAUUUAAACAAUUAAAGAAGCGGUUGGCAACUUUAGAUGUGAAACCAGUAAAAAUCAAGGCGUUAGAAAGGAAAGGUUUUGCUUUUGCAACAUUUCGAAGUGAGGAAGAGAGAGAGGAUGCUACUAGAAAGAUUACUGGCCAUGUCUGGAAGGACCGGAAACUCAAAGUAAAGAAAGCAUCUGCUACAAUGGAUCCCAUUGUACAGAAGAGAAAACGAGAAUUAGAACAGAAGAUAGAUGAACCUCCCAACAAAAAAGAUAAAAUGGAGGAUGACCUACCUCCAGAAAUCAGAUUGAAAAAUGCAGUAUCACCAUUGUGGAACGUCCCUUAUGAGGAACAGUUGAAGACGAAAAUGGAAGAUAUGGUACAAAUAUUGAAAACACUGGCUAAUCGUAUCUACAGAGAAAAUCCGGAAUUCCGAGAGUGGCUGAAAACCCAGAGGUCAAAGUAUGAUGGUAAAUGCUGUGAGAUGCUACCCAUAAAGGCUUCUCCUAAGUUAGAAGCCUACAGAAACAAGUGUGAAUUUACCAUUGGGAAGGACAUCAAUGGCUUAGAUAAUACCGUGGGAUUUCGGUAUGGACUAUAUAAGCAGGGCAACAAAAGUGUUGGGGAACCGGAUGACCAGAUUAUUAUGCCAGAUUCAAUGAAGAAAUUUGUUAAGAGCUUUCAGAAGUUUAUCCGUGCCAGUGAUUACGGUGCCUAUGACCCCCAAAGUCAUGAAGGCCACUGGCGGAUACUGACCACUCGGACUUGUCAAGGCAGUGCUGACUUCAUGGCAAUCAUAGACUUUGACUCCCAGAAUCUUCCUAAGGAGGAACUAGAAUGUUUAAAGAACAAACUGAGGGACUAUUUUACGACAGGGGAAGGAUGUGACUGUGGAGUGACCAGUCUCUUUUUUCACACUUAUAAGGAUAGGCCAGCAAAUCCACCAGACUAUGAGCUACUGAUGGGAGAAAAGUUUAUACAAGAGGAGAUGCUUGGCAUGAAGUUUCGGAUAUCCCCUGGAGCCUUCUUUCAAGUGAACACUGCUGCAGCAGAGGUCCUGUACACACAGAUAGCUGACUGGUGUAAUGUUUCUUCAGAUACUACUGUCCUUGACAUCUGCUGUGGAACUGGAACCAUUGGACUAAGUGUUGCUAAGAAAGUGUCACGUGUGAUCGGCAUAGAAAUGUGUCAGCAGGCAAUCAGUGAUGCUAAAGAGAACGCCAAAAUAAAUGACAUAGAAAAUGUUCAUUAUGUGUGCAGCAAAGCGGAAGAUGCCAUCAAACGCACAAUGAAAUCACUGAGGUCUGUGGAUGUAGUGGCUGUGGUGGAUCCACCCAGACCAGGACUUCAGUCAAGUGUGUUCCAAGCCCUGCGUCGAUCUCCUCACCUCACUAAAGUAGUGUUUGUGUCUUGUAAUCCUAAGGCUGCAAUGAACAACUUUCUAGACCUUACGCGACAGACGUCUCGACGCAACAAAGGACCACCCUAUCGUCCUGUCAGAGCUGUACCAGUAGACAUGUUUCCACAAACACCACAUUGUGAACUAGUCAUCAUGUUUGAACGGGAUCAGCCUUAUUCUAGCCAGGAAGAUUCUCCAGGAAGUCCCUAACAUGUUAGAAAAUUAAAAUUUUUAAUAAACCUGGCAUUUUAUGGCAAUU